AUGAACGAUGAUGACUGCAUCUUGCUAGAUGAUGAGCCAGCGGGUCAUGAUUCUUUCGAUGAAAUCGAAUACACGGAUACGCAACCGCCAACGGAUAAUGCUUACCACCUCGACUCUGAUGAUUCUUUUAAUGAUGAAGGCUAUGAGGUUACGCAGCGGGAAGACGGCAUGUUGAGUAUUAUAGCGUGUUUUGGCCACGUAGGACACGAGCUGAAUAGUGCUGCCAUACCUUUAUCAGCAAGCGAUGUGACAGUUGUAAGAUUUUUGAUUGAAGCUGGAAUUUCCGCAAAUAUCGUACGUUGA